AUGCCUUCUCUCCGGACCCUCGGCCAGCUUGCGCUCGGCGGCGCGCAGAUGGUGCUCGCGCAGGGCGCUGUGAACCCGUUCCAGUCGUGCUCGAACCCGCAGUUGAGCUGCCACAACACAACGGUCGUGGAGAACCUAUGCUGCUUCAAUGCACCGGGUGGCCAGCUGCUGCAGACGCAGUUCUGGGACACGCAUCCCGUCACAGGACCGGUGGACAGCUGGACGCUCCACGGGCUAUGGCCCGACCGCUGCGACGGCACCUACGACGCCAACUGCGACUCAUCACGCUCCUACAGCAACAUCUCGGCGAUCCUGAAAUCCUUCGGCGCAGACGACACCCUCUCCUUCAUGCAGACGUACUGGAAAGACUACUCGGGCAACGACGAGUCCUUUUGGUACCACGAGUGGAGCAAGCACGGCACCUGCAUCAGCACGCUGGAGCCCGAGUGCUACGCCGAGCACAAGCCCACGGAGGAAGUAGUCGACUACUUCAACCGCGCCGUCAGCUUGUUCAAAACGCUGCCAUCGUACGACUGGCUGGCGGCCGCCGGCAUCGUGCCCAGCAGCAGCACAACCUACACCUUCGCCGCGAUCCAGGCUGCGCUCGCCGCCCAGCGCCCGGGCGUCGAAGUAACCCUGGGCUGCAAGUCCGGCCAGCUGAACGAGAUCUGGUACCAUUACGACGUGCGCGGCAGUCUGCAGACGGGCGACUUCGUGCCCGCCAACCCGGACGGGACAAAGUCAACGUGCCCGCAGACAGGCAUCAAGUACCUCCCCAAGUCCGCCAGCCAGCCCACCGCAACCACAACUGCAGGCAGCCCAGCGCCAACGAGCACGGCUGCCCCCGGCACUCCGUUCAGCGGGAAGGGUUACGUCAAUGUCGAACUUGCGGGGAGCGCGAAGGGGUGUAUUAUCAGCAAGGGGACGUGGUACACGACGGGCACCUGCGCGACGUUCACUGCGAGCGAGGCCGGCGACGGCUUCACACUGACGAGUUCAAAGGGCAAAUGCGGCAUCGUUGGGGGCGCGCUGACGUGCGACGCGAGCGUGAGCUCCGGCACCGCGUUCACUGCUGUAAAUGGCAGUCUGGCUGCUGGCGGCAAUGCUGUGUGGAGUGCGGACCAGGCGGCGAGUGGAAGCACACAGGUCACCGUUUACGCUGGCGGUGACCACGCGCAGCAGUUUGCGUUGACGUGGCAGAGCGCGUAG